CCGGAACUGAUACAUUUCGCUUUGUCCCCCUUGUUUAUCAAGUUGUAGUUUUUAAUUCGUUAGUUCAUCAACCAUGUUGACUGCAAGAGUAACAAGAAAACACUGUCAUAGUUUUCUAGAUUGAUUACCGAUGACCAUGAACUGUUAAAAACCGACAGGCUUCAACGGGAACACUUCAGCUGCACCUGCUUGUAGUGAUGGGUUCUCCCAAAUGAAACAGAACUUCGCAUGCUCUAGUGCAGAUCAUUCCUAGUAGUGUGUGAAGGCCAUCCCAAAAUGCCACCCAGCUCAGGUGAAUUAUGGGGGCAUCACCUCAUGCCAUCACAAAUUGUGGUGGACUGCCUCCUACCUACAGGCAUCAUUGUCCCACUGUUAUGUAACCGUGAUGCUACUCUGGAGAGAGUAAAAGCUGACUUAUGGUUGGAGGCGAAGAAGUACCCUCUCUAUUGGAAAUUGUUGGAUCCUGAGUCCUACAUUUUUCUGGCAAUAACUCAGGAUGCUGAGCGAGAAGAGUUUUAUGAUGAGACACGCAGACUGUGUGAUCUGCGCCUCUUUCAACCUAUCUUAAAAAUAAUGGAACCCCUAGGAAACAGAGAGGAAAAGAUGCUGAAUUAUGAGAUAGGUAUGCUCAUUGGAAUGCCAGUUAAUGAAUUUAAUGAAAACAAAGACCUGGAAGUAAUUACUUUUCGACGCAACAUUUUAAAAGGAUGCAAAGAUAUUGUUGACCAGCGUGAUAAAGGAGGUGCCCACAUGCGUGCCUUGUAUGCGUACUCUCCAGAAAUUGAGUCAUCCAGUCAGCUGCCUCCUCAUCUGUUUGAAAAGCUCAAAAAGUUUACUGACGACAAUUCUGUGAUUGUGUGUGUAUGGGUGGUGUCAGAAGAUAACAACCGCAUGAAGUACACGGUAAAAGUACCCCAUACUGCUUCACCAUCUGAUGUCAUUGGGGAUGUCAUCCGACGGCGAUCACGUGCAAUGGGCAUGACAAAAGAACAUGCUGAACGCUGCAUUGACGAGUACAGGCACCUGUAUGUGCUGAAAGUUUGCGGAUGCGAUCAGUUUUUGCUUGCUGAAUGUGCAAUUAGUCAGUACAAGUACAUCCGAGAAUGCAUCUCGAAAGACCAGAUCCCACAAUUGAUGCUGCAUACAAGAGAGAAUGUCUAUGCUACUUUGCCAGAAACCAACUUUGUAUGGCCAUCUUAUAUGCAAAGAGGCAUCCAGGCAUUGACGGAGAUCAACAACCAACAGACAAUAUCUCAGUGGGACAUUCACGCACCUUUACGCAUCAAGAUCUGUUGUGCUACCUAUGUCAACAUUAAAGAGCUUGGAAAAAUCUUUGUCCAAGCCUGCAUCUACCAUGGAACAGAAGCCCUUUGUGAGGCUAAAAGCAGCAAGCAGGUAGAGUCAACAAACCCACGAUGGGAUGAGUGGCUGGAGUUUCUUAUGAUUCCUGAUAUACCUCUCAGUGCACGUCUCUGCCUGUCUGUUUGCUCAGAAUCUAAGAGACGCAAUAGAAAGGUUCAGUAUGCUUUGGCGUGGGGCAACUUGCAGCUGUUUGACUUUAACAACCGGUUGCAGUCUGACAAACAGUCUCUGUACCUUUGGCCAAUGCCUCAAGGCAUGGAUGACUUGCUUAAUCCUAUUGGCCUCCCAAUGUCCAACCCAAACAAAGAUUGCCCAUGUCUGGAGAUUGAAUUUGACCGCUUCUCUCAUCCACUUGUUUAUCCACCUGAAUCGCACUUUGAACAGCUGGCUCGAAUGGCAACAGCCAGAGAAUACCAAAGUGGUCUUAUGCAACCCAGGGAUCCUGACAGCAGAGAGCUAGCAGUGCUGGAUGAGAUUGUAUCAAAAGACCCUUUGUCAGAAAUAUCGGAGCAAGAGAAAGAGUUACUAUGGAAGAUGAGAGAAGAUUGCUUAGUUCGACCACCUUCGCUGCCUAAACUUCUUCAAGCAGUGAAAUGGAAUGACAGAGAAAAUGUUGCCCAGCUGUACCAGCUGCUGAGACGCUGGCCUCUUAUUGCACCAGAGAUAGCUCUGGAACUCCUCGACUGCUCAUUCUCAGACCUGCAGGUGAGGGCAUAUGCUGUCAAGUGUCUAGAUGCUGGGCUGAAGGAUGAUAAGCUAGCACAAUAUCUUCUUCAGCUGGUCCAGGCGGUGAAAUAUGAGCCCUAUCUUGACAACCCUCUGACACAGUUUUUGCUGAAACGCAGUUUGCUCAGUCAACGAAUUGGCAAUGCAUUUUUCUGGCAUCUCAAGUCAGAAAUGCAUCAAAUUUCAAUCAGGCUUCGCUUCGGAUUAGUGCUGGAAGCAUACUGUCGAGGGUGUGGGCCAUACCUUAAGAUGUUGUCACAGCAGGUGGAAGCCUUGGACAAGCUGACAAAGCUAACAGACACAUUAAAAACAGAAGUCAAUAGUGAUGAACACAUGAAGUUUCUUCAGGAGCAGCUGCAACAGGCAGAUUACCAAGAAGCUCUGAGAGAUUUCCAUUCACCUCUCUACCCAUCUCAGAUUCUUGGAGAAAUUAGGCAAGCUGAGUGUCGAGUGAUGACUUCAAAGAAACUGCCAUUGUGGUUAGUGUGGGAGAAUCCAGACACAAUGGCAGAUGUUGCUGAUAUGGAAUACUGCAUUAUGUUCAAGAAUGGAGAUGAUCUCCGCCAAGACAUGCUGACCCUACAGGUUAUACGACUGAUGGAUUCUUUAUGGAAGAAUGAGGGUCUUGAUCUAAGAAUGAUUCCUUAUAGCUGCCUGGCAACAGGAAAGGAUAUAGGCCUCAUUGAAAUAGUGAAACGCGCAAAGACCAUUACUGCUAUUCAGUCAUGCGGCGGUGCACUUUCUGCUAUCCAGAUGGACUCAUCUCAGCUACACAAAUGGAUCAAAGAAAAAAACCCUGACAGGUAUGAAGAAGCCAUUGAUGCCUUUACCAAGUCUUGUGCAGGAUACUGUGUUGCUACAUUUGUACUAGGAAUUGGUGACAGGCAUCCAGAGAAUAUCAUGGUGACAGAGGAAGGUCAAGUAUUCCACAUUGACUUUGGCCACUUCUUGGAUCACAAGAAGAAAAAAUUUGGCAUCAACCGUGAACGAGUUCCCUUUGUUUUGACGGAGGACUUUAUGCGCGUCAUUGCAAAGGGCUCUGACCAGCCAGCAAAACAGCCUGGUUUUAAGAAAUUUCAGGAGCUGUGUUGUCGUGCCUACUUGAUUCUUCGCAAACAUGCUCAUCUCAUCAUCACACUUUUCACCAUGAUGCUCCAGUGUGGUAUUUCAGAGCUUCAGACCCUGGAUGAUAUUGGUUACAUCCGCAAGACAUUGGGUGUGGAAAAAACUGAGCAAUUGGCUCUAGAGUAUUUCUUGGAACAGCUCCGAAAUGCCUAUGGUGACUCAUGGACAACAAAAGUAGACUGGUUAUUUCACAACAUCAAGCAGCUCUACUAAUAAUAACUAGUUGUGGCAAUGCUGACCUGGUUUGCAGGAAGGGGGUAGGCAAAGGCCAUGAAAGAUGUUUAUAAGGCAUAUUUUUGGCUUUACAAAUGUUGUUUUGAUGAAAGUUGAAAUCUGUCAGCCAAGUAUACCCACUGUUCCUGAUCACCAGAAGAAAGUAUUCAAACUAGCUUGACUUAGAGCCUGAUGGUUGGGUGCUGUUACAGAAAAUCAUGGUUGUCAGAGAAUAUUUAUUUAAUACAUAACAGCAACUUAUAGACCAUUAUGUGCAGUCUUCUUGGGGACCCAAGUCUGUUUGACCAAGUUAGACUGGAACAUGAGAGGAAGACAUCUAUGGAUUUAUUAAUGGACCAAAACAAAUCAUGGAACUGCAUUUUCAAGCUUUUUAUAUCAUGAUUAUCCACAUUUUCUAGUGGGCAGGUCCUGUCAGUUAAGUUCUACAUGCCUCUAGAAAUAACAUGAAAUGAUGGCCUUCAGCUUGUUUAAGGUGUUUAUAUAUAUAUCUGUGAUUGUUUUUUGAUGAUCUUCUUUUCAGAACUUGAUGGCAAUGCAAUGAAAUAUUUGAUUGGGGUUGUCUUAGGCUUGAGUGGGAUGCAGGAAAAUUUGGUCUUUGAGGGGUUUUUUCUCAACUUUAUUUUUAUUGUCUGCAGUCAUUGUGAUUAACAACUACUACUUUGUUUUGUCUGAAGCUGACAGCACUUAAAAGAUCAUGAAAGUUAUUUCGCACCAAAAGAUUGCUUUAGCAAAUGGUAUGUCAAAGUUUCUAAAAUUGUAUCUCCUGGUGUCUGUUUCAUUAGCAUUGUCAACAGCUUUACUAGUUUUUGUUUUUAAAAUGUUUACAGUGAAAGUAGCUGUAUGGAAGAAGAGAAAGAUUGUUUCAAGUAACCCCGUCCAAAAUGAUUUACUGACAGAUGUUUACAGCAGCAAGUGCAUGGUUCACAGCCACAACUGUUGAAUGUUUCAUUUCUUCAGUAUCACUUAUGUGUUGCUCAAAUGUUGUGUGAUCAUGUUACAUAUUUAUAUGCCAACUUCUGUGUUUGAGAUGAAUUCCUCUUUAAAACUAGCACAGUGCGUUAAAUGUGUACCUCCUAAAUUUAAAGUUUAAUUUCAUUUUGUGCACAGAUAUAGUGCUUACAUUGUAGUGUCUGUUGUCUUUACCAUACAAGUUUAUCUUCAUAACAGAGCCAUCUUUGAUUAGUGUGCCAUUUUGGUGCAUGGUGCAGCAACAUUUUUCUAUUCUUAGAUCCCAAGUCACAUACUUUCUAAACACAUGGGUUAAUCUUGUUCAUUCUGUAUAUGAACCCAAGGAGUUCAUGUGGGUUUAAAGCAGUCUUAAAAUUUGUGUUUUUGUUAACCAAACUUUUCAUAAAGUAUUAGAAGAUAAAGCUUAUAAACAAGUUUUUUUUCUGUGGGAGGUAUUAGUGGAUAUGCUGAGGCAAUUAAUAUGCUAAUUUUUAGGAAGUUACUACAGUAUAUUUUACAGCUGGUUUUUUUUUUCUGGAGGGAUGAUGAUUACACUGUACAUUUAAUGAUCACUAUAGCUGUGAUUUAAGCGGUUCUAUAAUGAUCCUGUAAGUUGACGUGUGCCUUUAUUACUGUUAGGAGUUUCUGUUGUUCAUAUACUUAUGUGCAGCACAUUAUAUAAACCAAUGUGCUGCAAUGAUUUCAAGAUGCAUGCUAAUAUAUUUAUUCCUCAAGCUAACAUUGCAAAGAGACAGACAAAGAUGUGUGUAAAAAAAAAAAGAGCUUAUUUAAGGACUACAGUAUUUAUCUUAAUGUAUACUUAUCAUCUACACCUUCCCCAGGAAAUAUAUUAGUGCUUGAGUAACAUAUUGCAUUCUUGGAGUAAAUACCACAUCAUUGAAGAAUGAACUGCUCAUUUUUAGCACAUUCUAUUUUGAAAGUUUAUCCAGCAAUAGAAUUUCAUGGCUUUGUGAAACAUUUUCCCAUUUUUUUUCAUAGUACACAGUUUAAAUAUUUUAUAAUACUUUAUUAUAUUGUUUUUAAAUUUUACAUGAUUAGAUGAUGCCACAUUUUCAUGGAGAUGUGUAGAUGGUUGUGUGGAUCCCUUAAUUUUUCAGUUAAUAUUGCGAUGGCAUACAUUUUCCUGUGCAUUUGUAACUCAGGUUUAAAAAAAUACAGCCAGUAAGUUGUUGUUUUAGUCUUACCACUCCUAUUUUACAUCAAAAAAGAGUUAUAUCAGUCUUUGAUUAUGAAAACACUGUGAUUAGAAUAGCGUACAAUGUGUCACUUCCUUUGAAAUGUAAAUGAAACUCUGGUAUGCUGUUCAGUGCCACCAGACUAUCAGAUGCUUUAUCCAAGUUAGAUCUAUAUUAGUUGCUCAGUCACUUCAAAACAAGAUAAAAUGACAGCAAAGACAGUCCAGAUAGUUUGUAAAGUUUUGCUUGGCUUUCAAUAUUUUUAAAUAUAGAGAGACUAGCAAGACACCUACAGGGCUGAUUCCUUUGUGCACAUUGAUCUUUGUUACUUGUUCGGAAUGGGUACCUGACUCCAUAGAGGGCUGAGGAAAGGUAAAACAACAAGAGUGAAAGGAGGCCCAACGCCUGUUCUUAGACCCCACGGUGCCUGAGGCAUAGGGGGCCUCAACACCAUGGUUUUAAUCAAAGCAUGGGGCCCCUGAUGACUAUCAAUAGCCCAGGGCACUAGGCAGAUGACUCGUCUGCUUGCCCCUAAGCAUGGCCCUGAGUACUCCCCUCACAAAAAGCUGGCCCCAAGAAAAGUAUGGUUUCUUAACACCUCGCUCCACUCCUACCCUCUUUACAAUUUUGAAAAGAAAAAGUUAAGCAAUGAUUUUUAUACCUUCACAUGUAGCCAUACAAGUCUUCUUAAAUGUCUUCUAAGGAGAUUGCUGAUCAAAACUGGCUAAAGUAGGAGGUUUUCCUUCUAGUUGUUGUGCUCUAUUAUAAGGAAUUAAGGUAUUGCAUGAGGUGUUGUUUAAAAAAGAAAAUCACACACAGUAAUCCCCUUUUUUGCAUCAUGUUCAAUCUAAUUCACUGGCUAGACAAUAGCAAAAGGAUUUUUGUGAUCAAAACAGGUGACAGUUGUAAAGGUUGUGUAUUUUCAGAUCUGUUUACAUCUUGUGUGCAACUGAAGAACUGUAGAAUUCUCAUGAUUUUAACAGUCACAGUCGUCAGCUUAUAUAAGGACAUAUGGAAGGUUGUGGCAUAUUUUUCAGAUUUUUUUACCAGCCACAAUAGCACUACAUGGCUGCAUGAAAGGUUGUGUAUUUACAUAUUGUUUGAGUGUGCACGUAACAUACCACACGGGAAAAAACUCCAAGGAAUGAUAACAAGUUAAUGGAAAGAGUGGUAGUCAGUACAAAUGCAAUAAAAUGUGUGUGUGUGUAGGCUGUAUGUGUUCCAACCUCUGUUGUUAAUAACCAGACACUGUCAUUGUGUGUGUGUGAGAGAGAGAAAGAGCAGAUAUUGGCUGCUGCAUGUAUCCUCUAAGUUGAGCCAUUGGAUUUUAUAGCAUGCCUUUCAUCAUUCAAGCCAUCAUAUUUCUGUAAAUAUAAACAACAGAUUUUGUUUUUUGUUUGUUUGUUGGGUUUUUUUUAAAUGCUGAAGGAGAAUGUGAAGCUUGCAUUAGUUGUUGGCAGGGUAGCAGGGCUUAUACUGCCUGGGUGACUGUCAUAACAGUACCAUUGUGCACAGCAGGUCAAAGGAGCAAGAUGCCUCUGGCUGUAGUUAAGGGAAAAAUAAAAAUUGUGGUGGUGCUAGUCACAAUAUGACAUGCCCACUUGCUUCUCCAACCUCCAUACUCAAUUUUCUUGUGCCCUUUCUGAUGAAGAACAGGCACAAAUAAUAUUUGUUCAUAUAUUAGCCACUUGAGAAAAAUAAACACACAUCUGGAGAUGUGCAAAA